CCAACGCACUUUCUCUCUCUUCUUUCUCUCUCUAUAUAUACACAAAACCGUUCUGCAUACAAAUCACAAAUCACAAAUCACAAAUCCUCCAUUCAACGUAUCACUUCUCUCCCUCCACACACACCUGAUUUCAGAUUUGUGAUUUGUCAACCCCUUCUCUCUCUAAAUCGCUUCAAUCUUCUCCAUUUCCGAGACAUUCAUUUUCUACUUUUCAGAAUUUCACAACUUCUGAUCACUUUUACCUAAUUUAUUUUGACUUUUUCAACCUUGAAUUUCACUGAAUUGUCCCUUUCUCUUGUUCUGUUCUACGGUUUGGUCUGUUGAUUCUUUGGCUUUUAGGUGUAUAAGCUAUGGAGGUUUCGGUGAUCGGAAACUCUCAGGCGAAUCUAGGGAGGACCGAUUUGACGUAUGGAGACGUAGGGUUUUGUAAUAAUAAUUUGAGCCCUCGGAUCUUUUCUCGGAAGUCAAAGAUCUCUUUUGGUCGGACCAUCAGGUGGUCCAAGUCUUCGGUUCGGUUCGCUCUCAACGCUGCCGUCCAAUCGGAAGCGGUCAUGUCGGAGAAAGUUUCCGGUCAUACAUCGACUUCACGUAGAAGAUCCAAUCCCAUUGAUGGCAUAAGAUUAUACGUCGGGCUGCCCUUGGAUGCAGUGUCCGACUGCAAUACAGUAAAUCAUGCACGAGCAAUUGCUGCCGGUCUAAAGGCUUUGAAGCUAUUGGGGGUAGAUGGCGUGGAGCUCCCUGUCUGGUGGGGAAUUGUUGAGAAGGAGGCUAUGGGAAAGUACGAUUGGUCAAGUUACCUUGCUCUUGCAGAGAUGGUCCAAAAAGUGGGUCUAAAGCUCCAUGUGUCGCUCUGCUUCCAUGCAUCCAAAGACCCAAAAAUUUCACUGCCUGAAUGGGUAUCCCAGAUUGGUGAAUCUCAACCUAGUAUCUUCUUUACAGAUCGGUCAGGACAAUCUUACAAAGAGUGUCUGUCAUUGGCCGUGGAUGAUCUUCCUGUUCUUGGUGGAAAGACUCCAAUCGAAGUGUAUAGGGAAUUUUGUGAGAGCUUCAAGUCUUCAUUCUCACCUUUCAUGGAUUCCACAAUCAAGGGCAUAUCAAUUAGUCUAGGACCAGAUGGUGAGCUUCGAUAUCCUUCUCACCACGGUCCAACCAAACGCCACAAUAUUCAUGGAGUAGGGGAAUUCCAGUGCUAUGACAAAAACAUGCUUGACCAUCUCAAGCAACAUGCCGAAGCACUCGGAAACCCUCUGUGGGGACUCUCGGGUCCACACGAUGCUCCCAGUUAUGACCAGGCUCCAAACUUGAACAACUUCUGCAAAGAGCAGGGAGGAUCAUGGGAGACUCCAUAUGCUGACUUCUUCCUUUCCUGGUACUCAAGUCAGCUCAUAGCUCAUGGAGAUCGUAUCCUAUCUCUCGCCGCCUCUACUUUCAGUGAUAUUCCAAUGACUAUUUGCGGCAAAGUCCCUGUCAUGCACUCAUGGUACAAAACUCGUUCCCAUCCUUCUGAGCUGACUGCUGGGUUCUAUAACACCGUUGCUAGAGAUGGCUAUGAAGCGGUUGCUGAGGUGUUUGCAAGGAACUCAUGCAAGAUGAUCUUGCCUGGAAUGGACCUAUCAGAUAAACAUCAGCCUCAGGAAUCCUCCUCAAGUCCCGAGUUAUUGGUUGCACAAAUUAUGUCAGCUUGCAGAAAGCACGGGGUGGAUGUUUCUGGCCAAAAUUCAUCAGUUUCAGGAGCGCCUAGGGGGUUUGAACAGAUCAAGAAGAAUUUGUUGGGUGAAAGUGCAGCUGUGGACUUGUUCACUUAUCAAAGGAUGGGAGCUUAUUUCUUCUCUCCUGAGCAUUUCCCUAAAUUCACCGAGUUUGUUCGUAGCCUGAGUCAACCAGAGCUGCAUGCAGAUGAUCUGCGUAACGACAAGGAACAAGAUCCAGCUUCUGCUGAAUCUCUAAGCGCAGAACCCAGUAAGGAUAUCCAGAUGCAAGCUGCUUAGUAAGAUUUAGAAACAUACUCUAAUGUAAAUAGAUGCAUUUUACUACAAGUGACUUUCUUAGACCUGGGUUGCUGUAUUCUUAGACCUGGGUUGCUGUAGUACUCGGCAUUUUCUGCUAAUUUAAGACAAAUGCUGUAAUUUGUAUUAUUUUCUCAUUGUUACUUUCCCAUGGAGUUUGAUAAGUAAAUAUAUCCUUUUGUGUGGUA